AUGAGUGGUCCUAUGCUGUUUGCCCAAACAUCAGAAGGGUUAUAUUUCAAAAGAAUAGAUGGUGACCAAGAAAAUGUCGUCUUCUUGUCGAGUCAAGACCAAUCUGCUAAAUUGAUUUCUGUCGAUCACUUCCCUGCAGCAAGUAAUUCAUCCGCCGUUGUGAAAAAUAUUGCAUCUUUAAUAGGUUUCUUGAAAUUGAAAUUAAAUAAAUACGCUAUUAUUGCUAACACUGUGGAGGAAACUGGGAAUUUUCAAAAUAAUUCCAUCUAUAAAAUUGCAUCUCAUUCAAUUGUUCCUUGUAAAAUUACUUCGAAUAUUGAUUCCGAUGAAUCAGAAUACUUAAAAUUAUUAGAAUUGCAAUUGAAAACUGCCACUUUAUUUUUUUCCUAUACUUAUGAUUUAACAAAUUCAUUACAAAGAAACAAUUCCAGUGGUCCCACCCCGUAUGAUGAGAGAUUCUUUUGGAAUCAUUAUUUAACCGGCGAAUUAAGAUCAAUAAACGCUACUGCGUUCAUUCAACCUGUCAUUUACGGUUAUGCUAAAUUCAUUGAGACAAUCUUCCAAUCAAGCCCAAUUACUAUCGGUUUAAUUACAAGGCGCAGUAGAUUUAGAGCUGGUACAAGAUAUUUCCGUCGUGGUAUUGAUCAAGACGGUAACGUGGGUAACUUCAAUGAAACGGAACAAUUAUUAUCGGUGAAUAACAAGGAUAUUUAUUCCUUUUUACAAACAAGAGGGUCCGUGCCUGUUCAAUGGGCUGAGAUUAAUAAUUUGCAAUAUAAACCAAAUUUAGUUCUUAAUGCAGAUGAAUCCUCUACCGUUGCAGCUGCAAAGAAACAUUUCAACCAACAGAUUGAAUUGUACGGUGAUAAUUAUUUAGUUAAUCUGGUUAAUCAAUCGGGUCAUGAAAAACCAGUUAAAGAUGCUUAUGAAAAUGUUGUUAAGCAAAUCGGGAAUGAUAAAUUACAUUACAUUUAUUUUGAUUUCCAUCAUGAAUGUAGAAAAAUGAAAUGGCAUCGUGUCAAAUUAUUAAUUAAUCGUUUGCAAGAAUUAGGUUUGACAAAUGAUGAUUUCUUCCACAUGCAAAUUAAUUCAGAUGGCGGGAGAAAAAUCGUGAAUUUACAAAAAUCAACAGUAAGAACAAAUUGUAUGGAUUGUUUAGAUAGAACUAAUGUCGUUCAAUCUGUGUUAGCUCAUUGGGUUUUACAAAAAGAGUUCGAAACCGCUGGAAUCGUUGAAAAGGAUAAAUUAUGGGAAAAUGAUGAAUCGUUAUUAUUCAUCUUCCAAAAUUUCUGGGCUGACAACGCUGAUGCCGUUAGUGUUUCAUAUUCUGGUACUGGUGCCUUAAAGACUGAUUUUACAAGAACUGGUAAACGUACCAAGUUGGGAGCAUUUAAUGAUUUCAUUAACUCUGCUUCGCGUUAUUAUCAAAAUAAUUUCACUGAUGGUCCAAGACAAGAUUCCUAUGAUUUAUUCUUGGGUAAUUUCAAACCAUAUAUUCAAUCUAUCAAAUCUCCAUUCCCUGAUAGAAGACCUGUAUUAAUUCAAAUUAUUCCAAUUGUUAUUUUAGUCUCCCUGACUAUUAUAACUUCUGCUACCUUUGUCCCUAAGGAUGCCUCUUUUUUCAGUUCUAAGAAUUUGAUUACGUUCUUCCUUUCCUUAAUUACCUUCGCUGGAUCUUUCAAAUAUUUGAUAGCUAACGGUAUUCAAUUUGUGAAUUGGCCAAAAUUAGUUGAUGUCGGUUUUUUAGUUUGCAAGCAAACUCAUAACAAAGAACGGGUCUUCAAAGGUUUGAAAUAUAUUCAAAAUAAACAUUUCAUUAAGCCAAAGAAAGAUUAA